ACGAAAGCAACACGGUGUCAUUGGAGCGAUCGUGCAUGGCUUUGCUCUGCCAAUGUAACUGUUGAGUUAGCGCAUGCCGCGUGCCACGAAUUUGAGGUGGGCCACUUACCAAUACCCGGCCAAGGAGGAAUCUGAGGAAGAGGUCAUCUUUCUAUCUUCCAGCGGUGCGGAGGUCAAGGAACCUCCACGUGACACCGAUCGGCAGGGCCGCAAGUUCGCUGCCAAGCCAAGACGAUGUCCGAAAACCUCAUCGAAGGAGGACCUUAGUUCCGAUCCAGAGAUCAUCGAGGUUCCUGCACAGGUCAAUGACAGCGAAAUUCCAGAACCUCAGGCGGCGCGUAUGAUUUUUCCCCGGCUUCGUAGAGAGGCCGAGGCGGAACACCGGCAUUGCAACACCAGUUCGCUCAGCCGGCGUACGUUUCCGUGGAGGCGCCCGUCUCGAGCCUCGGCCCUGCCGAGCAGAGCACGAUCGGGUCAAAGCACCGCGGAAAAGCGGACCGCUCUUGGAGCCGUGGUCAAGUGCGAGGACGAAUCCUCGCCUCCGGAUGUUGUGACUGACACAGCUUUGGUCGAUGUUGCUCCGGGUGGUUUGCCCAAAAGAAGUGCUGGCGAGGUGAGUCAAGACCUCAGCAUGAACUCAAGACCUCUUUUGUCUCGCUCUCAGCCGGUGCCUUUCCACACCGAGGAAGCUCCAUCCAGCCAGCCAGCAGAGACGGAAAUACCGGAUGUACCGGAGGUGCGAACGCCAAGGCUGGAGGACCCGUCGGCGGUGAGCAGCCGGAGCAGCCAAGUCCAUCCGUCAGUUCAACCAGUGCGACCACGCAUUGAGGCGGCCUGCAUGAAACAGAUGCAAGCUUUGGACAUCCCUCAAAAGCAGACGCAGGAGCCGAAUCCACGCGCGCGGAACUUCUUGGUGUCACGGCAUGUGAAGACCCCAAUCAAGAUCACCGAGGCUUCAGCAAACCCGUCAGCCCCCUUGGAAGCAAAUAGACCAAAUGGGGAGAUGGAUGCAGCUGAGGCAGCCAGCGCAAGAGGUGAGGCUCCUCCCGAGACAAAGGUUUGCGAGGCUUCAAGGGAACGAUCGGAGAUGGCCUCAGAAAAGAUGACAAGUGGAGAAGAUGCAGCAGAGGCGCCGCUCCGCGCGCGGAGCGCCUGCGCACCCCCCGCCGAGACAAAGAUGCCAAGUGGGGCGGAGGCUUCAGCAAAACUGUCAGCCCCGGAAGAAAAGAUGUCAAGUGGUGAGAUCGAUGCCACAGAGGCUUUGGAAGGCAACGACCUGCUGGCCAAGCUCGUUGCGUCCGCCAGCAAGGACUCGGCUUCCGAAGCGACGCAGAGACAAGAGGCUUCAACAGACGCAACAGACCAAUCAGCUGCCCCACAGUCAAGCAGAGCGGAUGAGGCGAUGCCGGCUUUGUCACCGGUCUCAGAGGAGGCCAACGACUUGCUCUCCAAGCUUGUUGCUUCAGCGAGCCAGUCCGGCGCGGAGGCCUCAUCCGCAUCGGGCCCUGUGGGACCCUCGCCAUCAGAGGUGCCCGUGCGAGAGGAGGUGACAGCAUCCAGGUUGGACACCGAAAUCGCAGAUGCAGAGGCACCAGCGCUGGAGGAGGCUUCUUCAAAUCAGUCCCUGCGCUUGGAAACAGACCUUGGUGCAGAGGCACCAGCACUGGAGGACCAUGCAGCAAGCAGCAGUCGGAGCAGCAGCAGUAGCCAAACCAAUCCAGCCUUGCAAUCCCUGCGCCAGCGGAUCGACGCCUGUGUGGCUGCCCAGGGCCCAUUGCGGGAGAAGGCCAAUGAGAUGUUGAGAUCUUUGCAUCACCAUCGAGCGACCUUGAAGGCGGCCCGAAAGGAGGUCGACCGCACGGCCCAAUCCGCUGAGGUGGCGGCCCUGGUGCGACAAGCUCAACUCUUGGCAGAGUUGAGACACUCGCAUAGCCAGGUUUGUGAAGUUCAUGCACACUGCAUUGCAGAGAACUUGGACUUGAAGGAAAAGCUGCGCGCUUCCCUGGAGCGGCGUGAGAACCUGGCGAAACAACUGGAACACGAGCUCUCUCUCGGAGAAACGGCACGACCGAUCAAGGACUGCGGGAUUGUCAUCGAACCGCCCCCCGGGCUCGGCGGCGAACCGCACCUUCCAGGCCAUCCAGCCUCGGACAGCGAGACCAGUUCCGGAGAGACCAAGACGGAGUCCGAGCCAGACGGAGUCCGUUCCGUUUCAGGAGAUGCAGAAGAUUGUGAGGACCCAGAGCUUCUUGCUCUUACAAAGUCAGAAGGUCUUUGUGAUGAUGGAGGCAAGGAAGUGAUUUUGGACGCAGAGACAGGCGAAGAAAUGGCCGAGCAGCCGGAGCCGGAGCCAUUGAAGUCCCCACAGGUUUUACCUGUAGAAGCAGAAGUUCCAGUGCUGCAAUCACUGCCAUUCAGUGCCCAGGACGAAGCGAAUCCGCCAGAGGAGCCAGAGGUGCCAUGCCCUCCGGGCUUGGAGACUGUGUCGACUGCCAGGAGUUUGGUCGGCCGCGCACGCACAGACAGCAGGGAGUCUGUGGAAGGGACUGGCCGCUGCUGGGUGGCCAAAUCCAAGCAUGCCAAGCAGAUGGCAGGUGCGGACGGUGUUGAAGCACGCCACCUCUCUGCCUUGAAGGUUGGAAUGCAGGUGGGAGGUGUCAUCCUUCAUUCCUGCUGGCUUGGUGUUUUCGUCAACAUUGGCGCGGAGAUUGAUGGCUUUGUGGAAGCUUCCGAAAUGCCGGAAGGCAUGAAUUUUAAUGCGGGGGACUUCGUCACCGGCCUCGUGCUGCGCGAGAUCGACCUGGAGAAGCCCAGGCUUUUAUUGAGCGCAGCCAACGUAGUCGUGCGUUGCUAGCAGGGCAUCAGGUUGCCAGUGUGCGUGACUUGCUGG